GUCCACAUUUUCUUUUCAGAUAUUCAAUCAGAGACUUAAAUCUAAACAGAUAGCUGCGGUAGUUAUAUUCUCGACAACAUAAAAUGACCUCAUCAAAUUUGGAUGCAGGUUUCCUGCAUGGAUUUGUUGAAUCGUUUCUUGUUGUUUUUGUGUCAGAAUUUGGUGACAACACUUUCUUCAUAUCAGCCAUCCUGGCAAUGAAGCAUUCUCGAUGGCAUGUCCUGAUGGGAUCUUUAGCCUCAUUAUUUGUCAUGAAUUUUAUGUCAGUUCUUGUUGGCUAUGCGGCUUCCAUCAUUCCAAAAGUUUGUGUCACUUACGUCUCUUCCAUAUUGUUCCUUGUGUUUGGUCUCAAGAUGAUACAAGAAGGUUGGAGAAUGUCUGCUGACAAAGCAGAAGAAGAGUAUGAAGAAGCUCAAGAACAUCUUCAAAAAACUGAAGCCAAAGAAAAGUCUAAAGCAACAUCAAGAAAUCAAACUUCAAACAUGUUAUCCCAAGUUGUCAUCCAGUGUUUUACCUUGACCUUUCUCGCAGAAUGGGGUGAUCGUUCUCAAGUAGCUACAGUAAUUCUUGGGGCUAAAGAAAAUAUCUUGGGAGUCCUACUUGGCAGUUUGGCUGGCAAUGCUCUCUGUACUUGCCUGGCUGUGAUUGGAGGAAAACUUAUUGCUGAAAAAAUAUCAAUCAGAACAGUGACACUAGUCGGAGGUGUUCUCUUUUUAUACUUUGCUGCGUCAACAUUCUACCUUGAUGAUGACUAACGUUUAUUAGAAUAAGAAAAAAUACAUAG